AUGAUCAACCCACUUCUUGCAUGGGACUACAGGGUCCCAAGGAAGUCCGCUUUUUGCUUAGAGGACAUGGAUAUGGUCACCUGCACCGAAAAUAAUCCAUGUGUUUGCAAUAACGUUAUAGAUAGUGUGAUGUACAGCACUAAUGGCAAUAUCGCAUUACACCAACACAGCGACAAUGAAGUAGCACACUCCGAGACGGCGGUGAUUCUUCAAGGUGUCGCCAACGCAAUGGAACAGGAAAACUUCAUUCCAUCCUCGACCUCGGCUCCACAAUCGCAUAGCGGGGAUCGAAUAUGUACCAUGUUUUUUGAUUGUGUUGUAGAUGGGGAGUUUGCUUCCUUGUCGUUGGUUCCAUUGCGUAGGUUAAGCCUACGUGAUGGGACCUAUCGGAGUCUGUGUCGCGAUGUAAUGAAUGCGGACAGAUCGCUAGUUUUUGAUAUUGAAUACACGCGUGACGUGGAUAGUUCGGAUUUAAGUGCGUGGGGUACUCAAAUAUGGUAUAAAAAUUUCAGAGUCUUCACACCACCAUCCUCGGUGUCGAAUUUCAAAGACACCUAUUCGGUAUCCUCCCUUCUUUCUAAGACGAUAGAUGGCAACGUCGAUUACGCCGACACACGUAACACCUCUGGUACCCUUACAAUUUUAUCUAAGUCUUACAAAAUAGAGAUUUAUGCGAUUCUGACGGUGGAGCUCGACGAGUGGGAGGUGAUCGGAUCGGAGAAGAUGGAUGAGCUUUGGCAGCACUCGCUACUCUCGAACAUUGUGAUUGGUACCACGACCGAUGUACAGUGUGUGGUGACGGAUAGUAAAAUGGCGUCCCACCACCUUUCUUCACGUAUCAAGGCGACAGUAGAUGAUGAAUGCGAUGACAGCAUGACAUCGCACUGUAUUAACCGCCAGGAUGUUUCAUAUACAAUGAAUAAUGAGUCACGUUCAUUCCCGUCGUGCAUACAUGCGUUCUGUGAAGGCAGUCCCAUAAACACCACACACAAUAAAUUCCCUUGUAUCCUUCCCUUUAUUUCCUCCAACAAACGCAAACGUUGCUUUGUUGUCGAAAAAUGUUUUACCUAUUUACUUUCCAGGGAUGACAUCCCCACGAGCGUGAUGUUAUCCUUCCAGGCGCAGCAUAGAAUUAAUGCAAAAGGUAACAUCAGACGUAUUUCCACACCUAUUGCCAAUAUGGCAAGAGAAAACAAGUUAUUUAUGGAUAAACUCUGGUCCACCUGCCAUCUGAAUCUUGAUUUGGAAAUUGAGCUUGUUCGAAGCCGCACUAAUCUAGGCUUGCUAUAUGCCGCUUUUCGUCUCCACAGCAUCAGUCGAAAUCUAACCAAUGGCGUUAAGCUAUCUGGAUGGUCCUGCAAAAGCAAUGGGUUUGAUUCCAAUCUUUCUCAAUACAUCUACUACGGGAUAUAUUAUACUCUUGUUGAUCCUAAUAGCGCCUUCAACUUACUCAAAUUUUUUCAUUCCCUGUUGCCCCAGGCAUGCCGUCAUGCUUCUAAAAUGUUUUUCUUCUCCAACGGUGCAUUAUACCCUAGCCACACGAUGAACAAGGGAAUCUCAAAAUCUUUCUUCGGAAUCACCUCCGCUAAACACUACAUUAACGCCGAAAUCGGGUAUCUCAUCUAUCUUUACCUCCUCGCAGUGGGCAAUAUUACGACCAAUAAGCGUUUGAUGUUAUUAGAGCUAAUGCUGGAGACGGCUUGUGUGUGGCCGAAGCUUGGGAAGUGGUUCUACGGACGUACGGUGUUUCGUUUGGAUAACUUUUUUGGUAUGGACACGUAUAAUGACUCCUCUCCGGGAAACUUCUAUGUUCAUUUUUCAGUGCAGCAACACCUUCGACAGGCGGUUCAGCUCUUCAACGAAUCUGAGGAAUUAAUUGACAAGAAGGCGAUCAAAACAUUGCUCCAGAAGCUCCAUUUGACGCAAGACGACAUCAAAGAGAUGGCGGAAGCCUCCGAGGCGAUAUCGAUUAAAACCGACCAAAGCGGUGUCUACAUGGUGCACGAUUAUUUUGAUUCCCUUUCCCCGUGGAAGGGCGAAUGCAAACAUCCGCUCCACCUGAACUACCACCCCCUUUCAAUCUAUCACCGAAAAGUUGUGAACGUGCCGGAUGUGCUGCUUGCCAUGUUUAUGUACCACGAGCAGUUCGAGACCUUUCAAUUCGAGCGCAACCUAUCCUAUUACUCCCCUCUCUGCACCUUUGACUCGCCCGAAUCCUUAGCGUUGGUGGCUAUUGCGCAGUGCCGUGCGAGGGGCAAUUUAGCCCGCCCCAUCCCGCUCUUGCGCUCUCUACUCCACCUGGAUCUCGACAACAUUAUCUUUUCGGACCAGGAAGGCCUCCACUUCGGCGCGAUGGCGGCCGCGCUGCUGUGUUUUAUCUGCGGCAUCGGCAGGGUGGAGAUCACGCGCCAGGGCCUGCGCCUGAACCCGAUCCUUCCCGCCUGCACACGAGAGUACUCCUUCGUCGUGCACUGGCGGGGGGCCACCCUGAAGACGUCCUUGAAUGCCGAGGUGCUGACCUACGAGCUCCUGGCAGGGGAGAGCGUGCGCUUUAUUCAUGGCCCGACGAAGAAUCGAAUCCACCUACACACCGGCUUCCGACAAUGCCAAGCGACGCUGCGGUUGAGCAUUCCGCGUGUGAGUCAAAGCCCAAUGGCGAGCCUGGAGGGGGCGGUUUUUCUGCCAGAGUCGUUGUUUGAGAACUUCUACGAGUUGAGCUACCUCGCCUGGUAUCGGAUCUUCGAGAACUUCUUUGAGAACUAUCGUACGUUGCACCAUCUGAAUAUUCCACCUUUGAGCCCGAGCGAAUUCAUCGAAAAGAUUCUUUAUCAGCCCGAAGAUAAGGAAAUAUCCCAUAUUGGUGUCAGUAAUGUUUUACACGAUCGUGGAAUAGUACUCGACCUCGGUUCGCCUAGCGAUGCGGAGAUUGUGGAGACGGUUUUUGGUCUGGCAAACGCCAAAGUAGCCGAGAUGUCUGAGCUUCUGGAGAAGUCAGCUCCCCCUCUCAAUAACAAUCUUAUUCGAUUAAUUCAAGGGUUUUCGCAGAAUGGCAUGGCUACGUGCAUUGCGACGUACAGCAGAUCUUUCAGGAGGCUCAUGGAGCAGCGAGUGGAGCUCUCAAAUUUCUUUAUUGCUUACGUUGAUGGUGAGGAGGUCCAAGACCAGGGCAUUAAAGGGCCUCCGCAUCUCGAUUUAUUUUUUUUUGCGGCCAAAAAAAUUCACGUAAAUCCUAACAGAUGUAUUGUGUUCGCAACUCACCUAGAUCGAGGUUAUAAUGCGGAGGAAAUGGCUAAAUUUCGAAUGUUCUUAGAUGUUGAAGACCCAUUUGCCAGCAGUCGUGUACCGCAGCAACCAUAUCCCACGCUUAGUGAGGCCUAUAUGGGUGAGCAUCAGCGCCAGAACCCUGUGGUGCGUCGGUUGACGUACAAAGACAUACCCAAAACAAUCGAUGAGCUGGAGGACCUUAUAGAUGGAUGCACAAUGGAGAACUUUUUUGAAGCAUAA